CGCUUGCCGAUCGAGAAGCGCAACUCUCGCCGUCGGUCGCUAGGUUGGUUCUUGUUAAUUAGGUUGUUGUCAUCCUUCCUUUUCGUUACUCCUUGUUCAUUGUUCCUUCCUCCUGCAUUGUCGCUUGUCCCUUGACUUCUCCUUCCCACACGCGUUCACCGGCACACGCUCACACACACGCUCACACGCACACGUCGCCUUCUCCCGCGACCGCGUGCCUUUCCCGCCGGCCAUCUCAUCUUACUGCGAUUCGACCCAAACUGCCGCAUUGUUCUGACUGACUGACGCUGCGCCAUGUUCUAACCGAGUCUAUUCCGUCACUCCUUUCGACUUCCGCCCGUCGCCUUUGCUCCUUGUUUCUCCCUCCCCCAUAAAAUAGGAGCCUCUCUCUCUCAACCACCAUGGGCACGUCAAGCCCCGUGUCCGCCCAAACAGACUCGGCUUUUUCGUCGCCGCUGUCAAAUCUCUCCAAAACACCCUCAUUGCCCUCAUCUCCCGUCAUGACCGAUCCGACGAGCCGUUAUCCCUCGCCAACCUCCACCGCCGGCUCGGGAAGCCAGUCCCCCGUCAAGCUGGGCGACCCCAUCUUCGAUGACCAUCUUCGCAGAAAACUCGAAUUUCCCGCCGAUGGCCCUCCCCCGGCUAAGAGGCGAAAGAUGACGCCCCCCAAGGAGCGCACCACGGAGUACCUGGAUCUCACCAAACCCGACAGCGAAUUCAGCCUAGAAGAUAACCGCCGGAUGGAGAGGCUCGUGACCGCCCUUCGCAAGAAAAAGAAGAUUGUUGUCAUCGCUGGCGCUGGCAUCUCCGUGUCGGCGGGCAUUCCCGACUUCCGCUCGUCCACUGGCAUGUUCGCUACCGCCAAGAGCCAGCAUAAACUCAAGGGAUCUGGCAAACACCUUUUCGAUGCGUCCGUCUACAAGCACGAUGCGUCGACGCAAUCUUUUCACGCCAUGGUCAGGGAAAUGGCCCAGAUGACCAAAUCCGCAAAACCAACUCCCUUCCACCACCUGCUAGCGUCCCUGGCCCAGGAAGGCCGUCUGCUGCGCCUUUACUCGCAAAACAUCGACUGCAUUGACACAUCCAUGAAACCUUUGGCCACAAACGUCCCCCUCAACGCCAAGGGGCCCUGGCCGGCCACAAUUCAGUUGCAUGGCGGCCUCGAAAAGAUGGUCUGCACCAAAUGCGGCCAACUCGAACCUUUCGAUGGCGAGGUUUUCGACGGUCCAGAGGCCCCACUCUGCCGGACUUGUGAGGUGGAUGACGAGGUCCGCACGGCCCACGCCGGAAAGCGCAGUCACGGCAUUGGCAGGCUGCGCCCGCGAUUUGUGCUCUACAACGAAUACAACCCAGAUGAGGAGGCUAUUGGAAAUGUUUCGAGCGCCGACCUGAAGACUCGCCCCGAUGCCGUCCUGGUGGUCGGUACAACCUUGAAAGUCCCCGGAACUCGCAGGCUGGUCAAGGAGAUGUGCCAGGUGGCUCGUGGCCGGAGGAAUGGGCUGACAGCUUGGAUCAACGUUGAUCCAGAGCCCAAGGGUGUUGACUUCAAGGAUUGCUGGGACAUUGUUGUGCGCUCCAAAUGCGAUAAUGUCGCCCGGCUAGCAGCUCUUCCUCCCUGGGAUUGCACUAUUGGCGAGGAUUACCUGGUAUCACAAGAGGAGGACCGCGAGAGCCAGGAGCGCCGCAGCAAGUCCACAUUCGCCGUCAACAUUCCCUUCAACCCUGCCCAUCCCGACACUGAAACACAACUCGCCGCCAGACCCAAGCAAGUUGAACAGAUGCAGGGCAUUCCGACACCCAGCGCCAGCCCCAAGAUUGCGCCCACCAAGAGACCCGGCAAGGCGACACAGAGCAAGAUUUCGUUUGGUGGCAAACAGUCUGACACCGACAAGCCAGCCAAGGCAACCAAGGCAGCCAAGCCCCGCGCCCGCAAACCCAAGCAGCCUGCCAAGGCGAAGCCUCUCAAGAGCACGGUUAUGCAGACGUUCAAAUCGGUCAAAAAUUUGGACAGCCAACCUGCCGGGAAGAAGCUCGGUGCGGAUAUACCUUCCAACAAACUUCCGAUUCUCAAGACUAAAUUGGUCAAUCUUGCCUCGUUGCCAGCCCUGCGCCCUCAGCGUAAGAACUCGCAAGGUAACUUCCUCUUUAAACGCGAGUCGAGUGAAAGCAAGCCCGACGAUAUAAGCUCCGGCCCUCCUUCGACUCCGACCAUGCCAGAGCGAAAGUUGCGCGACACUAUUUCUCCCAAGUCGGUACCUGAGAGUUUACGCCGACUUAUUGAUAUCCAGUAAAAGUUCUGGAUCUUGUUCAAAUAUACAUAUACACGACUACUACUAUUGAAAGAAAGGAGGGGCCGAUGCAAACGCAUUCUAUAAUCAUUUUAGAUGGAUCAUCGGUGGCGUUGGGGGCACAAGGUUCAUUCCUCCAAACAGGAUACAUUUUGCUGCUGCCACUCUUGGCGACUCGAUCAGCAGCUUUUUCAGUGUGUAAUAUUCUAGGAGUUUUUAAAGUCCUCGGCUCGCUACGUGGUAUCAAGCCACGGCGAAUGCACUGAGGCGGUCUCGAUCAAUAGAGGCGUUAUUUUUCCCAA